CCUAUGUCUAACCUAUAUGUCUUCUUCGUUUUCCGGAGGGAUCCUUCUUCAAAAUGUUACGAAUAUUUGAGAGACAAAUUUUUCAUGGUAUAAGAAAUAGCAGAAAAUUGAAUACGUGGUCAAGUCUCGCCACGGCAUUUAAUUCGAACGUCGAUAAAAAUCAUUUAUUAAAUGUGUCGAAAAAAGAAACGGGGUUGUUUGGUAUUCCGGAGUUAAAGAGUGAAGAUGGUUUUCAUAUACUAAAAAAUCGUGCACUGGUGCAAGUAGAUGCUCUAAUUGAAGAAGCUACAAGCAAGGACAGGAAGAGAAAGAUGGUGGCAAUAUUUGAUGAACUGUCCGAUACACUAUGUAAGGUAGCAGAUAUGGCUGAAUUUAUUAGAAUUGCACAUCCUGAUGAAUACUAUAUAAGAGCAGCAGAGGAUGCUUGUAUAACCAUCAGUGGUGUAGUUGAAAAAUUAAAUACACAUCGGAAAUUGUACGAGUCAUUAAAACAAGUGACAAAUAAUGGUGAUAUUCAAGUGACCUCUGAUAUAGAUGAUCAUGUAGCAAAAUUAUUUUUAUUUGAUUUUGAGCAAUGUGGCAUACACUUGCCUGAGAAGCAAAGAAGAAGAGUAGUCGAACUAAAUGAUUACAUCUUGCAAAUAGGUCAGAAAUUUAUGACUGGUGCUGUUACACCAAGGGCAGUUAGUGCUAAUAUAUUACCUAAUGUUAUUAGGCAACAUUUUGUGACAGAGAAUGAUCAGAUAAUAAUACAAGGGCUUUACACUGACUCCUCUAAUACCGCCGUUCGCGAAGCAGCAUACAAAUUAUUCUUGUACCCUAAUGAAGAACAGGAGUAUCUGCUGCACGAACUUUUAAGUUCCAGACACCUGCUGGCGGAAUCUUGCGGAUUUGCAUCUUAUACUCACAGAGCUGUAAAAGGGAGCACGGUCGAAUCACCGACUGUAGUGGCAGAAUUUCUCAAUAUACUGAACGAAAAUGUGCGGUCUACAGCAGCACAAGAUUUUCAAGAGAUGCAAAAGAUGAAAGAUGCCGAGACAUCUGUGAAACAAGAACUAAUGCUGUGGGAUACCGCCUACUUCAUGGUAAAAGCAAAAAAGACUUGGUUGAAUACUUCCUCCACGGAAUUCGCUCCAUACUUUUCCAUCGGUACUUGCAUGGAGGGCAUAAAUAUUCUUACGCAAUCGUUGUACGGAGUCAGGCUCGAGUCCGUCCCAGUGUUAACCGGAGAAGUAUGGGCCAGUAACGUUCAAAAGCUAGCUGUGAUAGACGACGAUGAGGGAACGCUGGGUUACAUUUAUUGCGACUUCUACGAGAGAGCGGGGAAACCGAAUCAGGAUUGCCACUUCACGAUCCAAGGCGGAAAGCAACUACCGGACGGUUCCUAUCAGAAUCCCAUAGUUGUACUUAUGCUGUCACUGCCGCAUCCACGCUGGUCGAAUCCGUGUCUGCUGAGUCCGUCGUCUGUGGACAAUCUGUUUCACGAAAUGGGCCACGCGUUGCAUUCCAUGCUCGGUCGGACGAAGUAUCAGCAUGUGACGGGCACCAGAUGCAGCACAGACUUCGCGGAAGUACCAAGCGUGCUGAUGGAGUACUUCGCAAGCGACCCCAGAGUUGUAUCGAGAUUCGCGAGGCACUUUCAGACUCAAAAGCCAAUGCCGGAUGAUCUGCUACACAAGCUGUGCGCCUCGAAGAACAUCUUCUGCGCAUCCGAAUUACAAAAUCAGGUGUUCUAUAGUAUGCUGGAUCAGGUAUAUCACAGCGGUAGGCUGACAAAGUCCACCACGGAAAUUUUAGCGGAUGUACAGCGAGAAUAUUACGGUUUACCAUACGUACAGAAUACGGCAUGGCAGCUGAGAUUUUCUCACUUAGUUGGCUACGGUGCAAAGUAUUAUUCCUAUUUAAUCUCUCGUGCGAUUGCCGCUUGGAUAUGGCAGACUUAUUUCCACAAUGACCCAUUCUGUCGAUCAGCGGGUGAUCGUUACCGAAGAGAGUGCUUGAUGCACGGAGGUGGUAAACCGGCGUCGCAAUUAGUCUCGGAUUUCCUGACCAAGGAAGCUAACGCUAGCACAUUUGCAAAAUCACUGCUCAAUGAGAUCGAUAUGAAAAAUUCACGCGUACAAAUGUUAAAAUAACGAAAUGCGGUGUAAAUUUUUCCUAAAUUGUACAAACCAAUGGCAGUUCACAUGCUGCUUCACACGAGUCGUGUUCCACACAACUUUGUAUAAUAAAUCUUUGAAAGGAGAGCGAUAUUUAUUUUUACAUAUAGAGGAGCAGAUUUAAAGCUCGUGAAGAAGUCAGUUACUGGAAAAUAAUACGCUCCGUACAAAUUUUCUUUGCAUCCUUCCUUGGAAAUCAAAUUCCCAUGUUGCGACGAUGUACAAUACAGACACGAUAAACAAUCACCGCGUCUCAUUACUCUCGCUAAACAGCACUGAAUUCCUCUCGUUUUUUCGUUUGAUUGUAUUUUAUUACAAGUACAGAACCUUAUUCUCUAUGUACAAUUUUGGAUAGACCUAUGAGUUAUUACAAAAAGAUAAGGUUUGUAGUGUUAUACACAAACGAAACGCAGUAUAAGGUAAAGUAAUUCACGUAAGAAGAUAUUAAUUUAUAUAAUCUAACUCUUUUAUACUUCCUGAGGUUACCCUAAGUCUGUACAUGGCAACGUAAAACUACGAUCAUUUCCCGCUACAAAGGAGCGUGAUAUCUCGCUGGCAG